GAUAACUACACCCCACCCAGGCCAAUAAGACAUAAGACAACUUACAAACUGUGUGCUUUUAGUUUGUGUUUUACACAGAGAAAAUGGCAGAAUCAAUGGCACAGGAUCUGAGUGAUGAGCUUAUCAGAGCUGCUCAGUUUCAAUCCAUGGAAGCUCAUAAACACAGCCAACAGUACAAGAAACAUGGUAUGGCAUCAUCAUCAUCAUCAAGGAUGGAGGUUUUGAUCUUUGCAUUUAAAGGAUCAUGGGAAGUCGAAGAUUGGUACGCUGAUGAUGAUUUCGGUGAAACAGAUGUUGAUCAUAAUCUGUUUCCGUCUCUCCAGCGUAUCGGAGAGGGUCGACUUGCAAAAGUCAACAAAGCAUUUCUUCAAAGAUUUCAAGAUCUUUUGACGAACUCACGGUUUCGAAUGGAGGUAGAGAAAGCUGUGAAGGAAGGUAACAAGAUUUUAUUAACAGGACAUUCAUCUGGUGGUGCUAUAGCAAGUUUUGCCACACUCUGGAUUCUUGAAGAAUAUGCAAGAAAACAAAGAAUCCAAGUUCCGAUUCAUUGUGUAACUUUUGGGUCUCCGCUCAUCGGCGACAGAAACCUCUCUCACGCGGUCCGACGGAAUUGGGCUGCUCGUUUCACCCAUUUCGUCAUGGAACACGACAUUGUUCCUCGUCUGAUGCUAGCUCCCAAGAUAUCCGUUCAAGAACAUCUACCCAAUAUUCUCAAAUCUUUCCAACAAAAAGUCAACACCAAAGUCAACUCCGACGAUCAGAAAUCCCACAAAUUUCCUAAAUUUUUCCACCCGACUCCGAAAAAACCUGUCCCUCGUGAUCAAUCAGUAAAAGCUGAUCAAGCAGUUACAUUCUUUGAAAAUGUGAUGAUCAAGGCAUCAAUUGUUGCAAGGCGUGCUGCAUUUGAUCUUAUGGAACCUACAAGUUCUCUAACGGAAAAGUUAUCUGUUGACUAUGUAAAAGUCUCGCCUUACAGACCCUUUGGUACUUACGUUUUCCACAAUCGAGAUGAAAGCCAACAGCUUGUUGUUAAUAACCCAAAUGCCGUUCUACAGUUGCUGUUCUAUUUCUUGCAGUUGACGAAUGAGCAUCAAAAUCUAGCUGAUUUUGCUCUUAACAGUUUAGCCGAAAGUUUGAGUUAUGAAGAAGAACUAAAGAACAGAUUGCAGUGGCAGAACUCGGUUGAUCUGAAAGACCUUAACGGUCACCUGUUGACUCACGAUCGUACUAAAAGUGAUGCAGCUAGUAACAAAGCUUUAUUUGAACUGAGUGCAGAAGCGAAAUGGUGUCUAGUGGCAGCCGAAGAGGCGGAGAAUAGGAAGAAAGAAAACGAGAAGCUGAUUGACGCCUCCAUGCGAAAAUAUGGACCGAAACAGAUGAGAUCUGAAGGAACUCAAAUUGAAAAGAAGAUCAUCGAGGAUAUCCUAGACGAAAUCCGCGAGUACAAAGAAAAGCAUUCCAAUGGCAAUACGGAUUACUACGAAGCCUUCAAGCUUCAAGACCAGCACGAUGACUUCAUUGCCAACAUAAACAGGCUGGUGAUGGCUAAAUUAUUGGAUGUAAUUAUAGAGAUGCUGAUGCGUGAGGAUCUACCUGAUGGUUUCGAGGGGCGGAAGGAGUGGGUGGAUUUGGUGACGGAGUUUAGACGGCUCGUUGAGCCUCUUGACAUAGCAAAUUACUAUCGACACUCAAAGGGGAACGGUUAUAUGGAAGUCAGACCGAAAAGGUACAAGUUUACACAACGAUGGUACGAGCACUUGAACGUUACAGGGUUCGAGUCGAUUUCAGAGAGUAGUUUCAUGGCAGAGGUUGAGGAACUCAAGAAAGAGGUCGAGGAACCUCGGAAGAAGACGCUCGAAGAGGUUAAGGCGGGAUUGGAGAGCAUAGAAAAGCAAGUCCAGAAGUGGAUUUUUGAUGAGAAAAUACCCGAAAAGGAUGUGUUUUGGGGAGAAUCUACGAUUUCUAAGUUGUGGAAAGAGCUACCAUAUGAUCACCACAAUCGAUCAUGAAUCGUACACUCUAUAGACAUGUCUUUGAUAAAAGUAAAUCACGAUUACAAUUAGGUCAUUCCCAUAUCAAUUUGUAUCUACACUCUUACUAUAAUAGGAGUGUCUUCCAUUCAUAAUUGUACUACUAAUAUUCGUAAGA